CCGGGAACGAAAGUGAUGAAGUGUUUGUUUCCAGACGGGAAAGACCCGAACAGAUUACAUUUUCGUGGAGAAGACAGAAACACCGGCAGACGACGCAGCGAAGCGGCUCCGGGCCCCGCGACCCCACACCACGAGCCACGAGGGGCGACGCGGUGCCUGCGGGUGAGAACAGUUCCCAAAGCACGUGGACGAGUAAACAGGAAAGAGACUACGGGGCCCGUCACGGAGCCGAGAAAAAGAGGAAGGCAGGGCGGACUUGACGCCCGGUACAGUCCCGGAACACACAGCCGCCGACAGCCCGUACCCCAUAGCCCCACCCCGGGGGCGGGGCUGCGCCGGAAAAGGGCAGCCCACCGGAAGGGGAGGGGCCACGCGCUCCAAGUCCCUUGCGCCGCUCUCACGUCAGCAGUAGAGGGCGGAAGCGCGGACUACAGGAUGCGGUUCCUGGUUGCGUUGCUCCUGCUAAGUGUCGCAGUGGCGGAUGACUCGCCGCCUGCUUCUACGACACACGCCACCCCAAGUCAAGAUAAUCGUCCGGCUCAGCCUUCUACAGGAGACGACUCCAGUCAGCCCCCCGCGCCCCCGCCUCCUGAGAAAGAAGCGUCUUCUAAGCAGAAAGAGCCUGGCGGGCAGACUGCGCAGAGGCCUCCUGCCGCUAACCUAGGCCCGGAGCCUCCAGAGAAGCCGACUGCCACAGCAGUUCCCAGUUCGGCGGGAUCUGGACAGCAGGUCGCUGCAGCCAUUCCCCCCGCAGAAAAGCCGGUUGGUCCCCAAAAUCAGCCCGAGAAAGCACAAACCAAGCCAACUGGGACUGCACAGCAGCCCCCGCCAACCGACCCCAAACAGGAGGAGCCUGAGCAGAAGCCCGCAAAAGAUGAUCCAGACAAGUCCACAAAAGCUAAUUCGGACAAGCCCAUCUCCAAACCCUCCUCAGAUAAGGAGACUCCCAAGACUGACAAAACCGACCUAGCUGAACAAGGACAGAAACCAACGCUUACUUCCAAGACUGAAUCUGGGGAGAGACCGGCAGGGGACUCGGACUUCUCUUUAAAGCCAGAGGUAGGAGACAAGUCUUCAGAGCCUACUGAAGAUGUGGAAACCAAGGAGACUGAUGAGGGUGAUACAGAGCCAGAAGAGGGCUCACCACUUGAAGAAGAGAAUGAAAAGGUGUUGGACCCUUCCUCCAGUGAGAACCGAGAGGGGACACUUAUGGAUUCUAUGAAUGGGGAGAAGGAUGACUCUUAUAAGGACAAUUCUGGAAACACCAGUGCAGAAAGCAGCCAUUUCUUUGCAUAUCUGGUGACCGCAGCUGUUCUUGUUGCUGUCCUCUAUAUUGCUUACCACAACAAACGGAAGAUUAUUGCUUUUGCCCUAGAAGGAAAAAGAUCCAAAGUCACUCGGAGGCCAAAGGCCAGUGACUACCAACGUUUGAACUUAAAGGGAGAGGAGCCUUCCUUCUAUCCCUGAGCAGCAGGAGCUGAGGAAGGUUCUCCCCACAGCUUUGAUUAUUUUCUUGUCUGCAAGAACCUUGUCCUUCCUGCUGAUUUGUUUCCGAAUCAAGAGAAAUGAAAAGACUGACCUCCUCUGGGGUUUGGUGGCAAGUCUGGGCUGGCAGAGACGGGAUUGCUUCAGGUUUUGCACCUGCACUUUGGUGACAUUGUAUUCUGGUGAUGUUUUAUUUACUUUUGUGUUCCCUUUAUGCUGAUGUGUUCCAUCAUCCUUUCUUUCUUGGAGUGUGAGGAGGGAACAUGUGGAAACGUGGCUGUGAACAAAGGAAGACCCCACCCUAGGCAGGCCACACGAUGGACCACCCUCCCAUAGCCUCUUUAUCUUUGCAACUGUAGGAGGAAGCUGCAAAGAGGUACUUUCUAGACAAGGUGUAGAAGGUGGGAUGCUUAUGGGCAGAGAGGGGUUUGAACACUUAUCCUCUGCAGAGGCCUCAGCUGCAAACCAGAUAGCAAGUUUAAAGAGUGUUAAAGUCUGAUCCAUCUGACAGUCUGUAUAUUUUUCUGAAAGUUUGCACUCUUUGGUUGUACUAGCAUUAGAGGGAACUUGGGGUUUCUGAAAGUAAAAACACUGUUCCAUGGGCUUUCGCUUUGUUUUGCUUAAUAAGGUGAUGGUCAUUGAACCAGUAUGUUCUUGCAUACAGUCACCCCAAUAGGAAGGAACUCCUUGGAAAGGGGCAGGUUCAUGCUUUGUGGAAGGAAAUACAUAGAAGGGAUUUGGUCUGCAUGAAAGAGGGUUUCCACAAACUCCAUUUGCCUUUAUUGCCCACAGCAGAUAGAUAGAUAUUUAGGAACUAACUACACUCUCCACAUUUUUCCUUGCUCGGUUUAAUGGUCCUCCCAUCCAAGACGCCAAGGUAAUGAGUAAAAUCUUUUCUCUCCUGUGACACCUGGUCAUGAAACUGUAAGAAACCAAGCAGGUUCCCUGACGUAACUAAGGAUGUCUUGGAUUAUGCUGUCUGAAGUUUUAUUCCAGUCUAUAUGGUCAUGCCUAAAGAAAGAAGAGUCUCAGCUAAUCUCAGGGAUGUGGAAAGAAUGGCAAGAGGGAAAAUACGAUGGGAGAAGUCAGUCUGAAGAAGAAACAGUCUGGAGUUCUUUCCCUGUGCUGACUGCAGCUUGUGCUUGAAGUACAAGUUUGUAUUCUUGGCAGGUUGCCUUUGGGAAAUAAGAUCAUUGCUACCAUUCUCUCAGCUGCGCACAGGUCUACUAUUAACUUUCCAAGCCGAGGAAGCCUUUCUCAGUCUCCUUCAGCUUUCCCUAACAUCUCUCUAGCUCCCCCUUCCCGUUUUCUCUUCCUCUUUAGACCUGUUUGUGCGCCUCUGCAGGCUUCCCUCCAGCCUGUCUGCACGCCCAUACUUAGUCCUGUCCCAGUUGCUCCUGCUUCCAUCACUUGCUUCCUCCUCCUGACAUUAGACUGGCCUUGGUCUAGUUUCCUCCUGUUUCUCAAGGUUACUCACUUAACAGAGCUCCAAAUUCAACAGCUCAUACUCAGCUUGUUCUUACACUUGGGAAUAGUGGAUGCUGGGGUCCAUGCAUGUUGACAGUUUGGGUGUCUCUCACAAAUUUGGCCCUAUGGUGGGAAGGGAAUAGGGUGCCCAAAGCCAGGUCUCUAUUGCUUUGACUGUCUCCUCAACAAAUCCAUCCAUUUAUCCUUUCUGAUUCAUCUUUAUCUUUAGAAUCUUACUAAAGCCUACUUCCCAAGAACCCACUUCUGCUAUAUGCUAAGUAACUCAGCUACAUUGUCUGGUUUUCAUCCAUCCAGAACUUCUCACUUAUAUCUAUGAAGCUCCUCUACCUAUUGUUCAGUUUCUUUAAUCAUCUGAAAACUCCACACUGCAAACUAAUAACAUUUUUCUUAUCACAGAAGGUCCCCCCCCCUUUUUUUUUUUUUUUAAGAAAGUAUCUAAAUAUACUCUCCAUUUUGUCCUUCUGACCUUUUCUCAUGCCAGUUUUGGAAACUGACCUUUCCAGAAUGUGUGCCCUGGUCUGAAGCUUCUGUCUGAAGUUGUAUUCUAGACUAGAUUCUUUGGCUUCAUCAUUCAGGCCCACACUCCUCUGCCUCUACCCUCCUCAUGGCCUCUGUGUUCCAGCUUCUCAUGGUUGCUCUAUGAUUAGGUUUUCCCCUUCCUUUCAGCUCACCCAGGGCCUUGUGUUUUGAAGGACUCAGCUCACAUGCUUAUGUUCCUUCCUGGCUUCAACGGUGGAUUGGCUUUUCUCCUUCCACACUGAUAGCUUUCUGUCUCCCUCAUCUUGGAACUUCAGCAUGACUAGUUCUGAUGUUGCUGUGAUCUCCCCAAGAAAACUAAGCCCUGUCAUUGUUGUAUCUGUCUAGUGUUGUGAAAACUCCCAGGGACUUCAGGGGUCAAAUUUCUUGUUGGAGAUUUAAGUGAAACCGGACCUCACACAGCUCUUCCUGGUUACUGGUUCUGUGACCUUAUUAUACUUGUUGACUUUGCUUUUGAGAGGCAAGAAGAAAGAUUGAUUUUCAGGAUCCAAGAUGCCAGCAAGUGGACAUACACAUGAAAUAUUGCCAGAGUCUACAGAGCCUCCCCUGGACUGCAGACAAAUGUUUCUUGUACUGACAGAGUACAGUGGAAUUUGUUUCACUUGAAAAGUUGUACUGUAAGGAGAUGGCUCCCACCAAAGAAAAGUCAGUUUCAGGACUGUUUUUUAAAGGUAGAAUACUUGAAGCAUAUUUUCCUGUAGAUGGUGAUGGCCCAGCUGAGGCUUCCACACCAGGAGCUGGGCUGGCAUGCAGGAAGCCUCAAGUAGCACUCCUGUAGCCUAUUCUGAGCUUGCUCUCCUGCUCAGCUUUUGACUGAAGGGCAAUUUCUUAAGGGGAACCUGCUUGUCCUAGAUGGUAAUAGUUUAUUUUCCUGCUGUGGAUUAUAGAAACCACUUCUGGACCAAACUAAGUGUGUUACUGUAUUGUUCCCUGACAAACUCUUGCUAGAAAGGUUCAGUUUGGCAUUGCCCUAAGAAACCUGUGAGGAGUCGGGCGUGGUGAAGGAAGGCUUUAAACCCAGCACUCAGGAAGUAGAGGCAGGAGGAUCACUGUGAGUUUAAGGCCAGCCUGGUCUAGAAUAGCAAGUUCAAGGCAGCCAAAGUUACACAGUGAAAGCCUGUCUCAAAAAAGCAAAAGAAAGCUGUAAAGAGAUGGUGAGGUUUAAUCUAGCUACAUCAGGAUGACUCUCAGUUCCUUUAGUUCCCUGCUCAGAUGUGACUCUCCUAAGUAUUUUAGCUUAGAAACUCUGUAGUUUGAGAAACUCCUCAGCUUGCGUAACAUAGCAAACUAGCCAUGAAGGUGGCCUCCUCACACUGUGAUCGAAAUUUAAUUCAAACCACCAUGUUAAAUAAAUGAGUGACUGUUGAAAUUAUCUUCCUUGUUUGGUUUACCCACUGUUAGUCAUGUUUUGUAUUUUCACCUUUUUUGUAACUUAACUAUAAUGGUUUAAUUUUAUUUUUUUAAAGCUUAUUGUGGUAUAAUAAGUAUUUUUCAGUAUAUUUUACUGAGCUUCUGUAAAUGGCAUCUCAGUGUAGUUUCAUGUCAUUAUUGAACAAAAACCAAAAUAAACUUCAAAUAUCAAAGCAUUGAAA